UAGGUAACAACAUGGCUUUCUGACAGUACACUGAAGACUGUCACUUGCCGAGGUUAAAGCACUCUUUGUUAUUGCAAAGCUUUAGUACAAUUUACGCAGGAUGGUCAAUCUCGGGCUUUCCAGGGUCGAUGACGCGGUAGCUGCAAAGCAUCCGGGAUUACAGCAGUAUGCAGCCUGCCAGUCCCAUGCGUUCAUGAAGGGGACAGGGAGCUUCGUGCUAGGGACCGGAGGUUUAUUUGUGAUACAGAAAGUCCUGCAGAAGAGGCUGCCGUACCCGCUUCAGUGGAACUUACUGCUGUCAGUAGUGGCUGGCUCAGUGUGCAGCUAUGCUGUGACCCGCAUAGAGACCCAGAAGUGCUCUGACCUGUGGAUGUACUUAGAGACAGGAAGCUUUCCAGACAGAACGCCUCACACAGAGGAAGCCCCUCCCCCAGCGGAGCCCUCUGGCCCUAAAACCACGCAGUACGGAGACGUGAUGGAGUGACAGUGGAAGUGCGAGCGAUGGACACUCACGUGCCUUCUGCUCCCUGCCUCCCUUCUCUGUCAUUUCAAUGCAUACAAAAAUCCUGCACACGUGGAUCAGUUUGCAUAUUAACAAUAUAUACA